UGAUUCCAUACUUAUGACCUCAGUCCACGUCACGUUAUCAAGUUAGCGAAAACUUGCACGCCUAAACACGAAGGCUGUUCCACUGUUGAAAAAAAGAGAGUACUGUAUGCUGUACGUUUCCAUUGAGGUCAGCCGAAUUAUCUCCCAUUUGCCACGUCAGUCUGUUUGUAUGUUAAUUUGCAUUUUCGUGUUUUAAAUUAAUAAUAUUUGGCCUGGCAAUAUCUACCUUCAGCUGUGCGUCUGUCAAAGUGGAUGUCGGCUAGUUGCAUUUGAUGAAACGAGACAGAUAAGACCAAUACAGGAGGCUAUGUCCUCAGUGGUAAUGUCGUUGGUAUAAUGGUCUUUUUUUCCCCCAAUCAAAAAUAUAUCGAUAAGCUGCAUACAUGGAAAUGCAUGGAAAUACUCACAGCCUUUUUUCUAUGGGAGCGUUCGCCGUGUCGUCACCAAAUGAUCACGUGGUGUCUCGGUUGGCAGAAAGCCUAUGGAAGUCAAGAGCCCACCACGAGUUAUCGGGUUAUUCACGCUUAUUUCCGGUAAUUAAUAAACUGUAGUGUCGUGUUGCGUUAUAGACUGUACAUACAGCUGGUCAACGAAUGAUUCUUAGAGCUUUUACGGCAUCCCAAAGACUGUGAAGCUCAUUGAAAGCUUACGUGCACCCACACUAGGUCACACAACUGGAACGAUACUGAGCGACCAUGUUUGCUUUCGGCACUUUCGAUAGUAAUGCAAAUGUCAUCAUUGUGUGGCACCAACAAUGGCGACCAAGAUACAGGUCAAAACUCAGCAGAAAAAGAGGACAAGGAGCAUCCUCGUGUACUAAUUCCAGAACUCUGCCGGCUCUUCUACCAGCUGGGAUGGGUGACUGGGACGGGCGGAGGAAUCAGUUUGAGAAGAGGAGAUCGCAUCUACAUUGCGCCUUCAGGGGUCCAGAAAGAGAGAAUACAGCCAGAAGACAUGUUUGUGUGUGAUGUGGAGGAGAGAGACAUCAGCUGUCCGCCUGCCUGGAAGAAGUUAAAGAAGAGCCAAUGCACCCCACUUUUUAUGAAUGCAUACACUAUGAGAGGAGCACAGGCUGUUAUCCACACACACUCCAAAGCUGCCGUCAUAGCAACCCUGCUGUAUCCUGGUAAGGAGUUCAGGAUAACACACCAGGAGAUGAUUAAGGGGAUCCGUAAAGGCACCACUGGCACUAACUAUUGCUAUGACGACACUCUGGUCGUGCCUAUUAUUGAGAAUACCCCAGAAGAGAAAGACUUGAAAGAUCGCAUGGCUCGGGCCAUGGACGAGUACCCCGACUCGUGCGCUGUCCUUGUCCGCAGGCAUGGAGUGUAUGUGUGGGGAGAGUCAUGGGAAAAAGCCAAGACUAUGUGUGAAUGCUAUGACUACUUGUUUGACGUUGCUGUUCAGAUGAAGCAUUGUGGACUGGACCCUUCAGCUUUUCCUGUAGAAAAGAAAGGAAUAGUUUGACAUUUACAGGCACCUUUUAAAGAGACACUUGUUCAAGGAAGGUCAGCAAAGUUCAAUCAGGGAGCAUAUUUUAAUCAUUUUCCUUUCAUGCCAGCCCUCUGCAAUUCUGACGAUGAUUGCGGAUUCAGAGUUGAAGGCCUCCUAUCCGAAGGACUUUGAGAGUACGGCUCUAAGCACUGGGAAUAAUCACCGUCUUUAGCAUUGACAUUCAGUUAAUCUGGAAUUGUGAUUUCUUGCAUUGAUUUAAACUAACAAUAAAUGGAUAUGUAUACCACAAGGGAAAAUAUUUUUAAAAUUUUCCACAAAUGUAAAAACCAAAACUGUCUGCCUCAUUGUGUUUUAAAUUAUUUGAAUACGAAAUCCAUCCAUCCAUCCAAUUUCUGAGCCGCUUCUCCUCACUAGGGUCGCGGGAGUGCUGGAGCCUAUCCCAGCUAUCAUCGGACAAGAGGCAGGGUACACCCUGAACUGGUUGCCAGCCAAUCGCAGGGCACAUACAAACAAACAACCAUUCGUACUCACAGUCACACCCACGGGCAAUUUAGAGUCUCCAAUUAAUGCAUGUUUUUGGGAUGUGGGAAGAAACCGGAGUGCCCGGAGAAAACCCACGCAGGCACGGGGAGAACAUGCAAACUCCACACAGGCGGGGCCGGGGAUUGAACCCCGGACCUCAGAACUGUGAGGCAGACGCUCUAACAAGUCGCCCACUGUGCCGCCCUAAUACUAAAUCAUGUAUGUAUAAUUUAACAAAUAUCAUCUGACACAAAUUUAUUUUGAGAAUGGUUUCACACUAUAUGCCUAAUAAAGACCUGACACUACUAAUUCUGGCUUUUCUGUCAGUAGCACACUUACAGGUGAGUGGCUGUUGUUGUGGUAUCACACAGUGCUAGUACCCACUUCCACAGCAUGCUUCUAAUCCGCUGCAUACUCAAAUGUUUUGAAAACGAGUUGUUCCUUCAAUCAGCUCCCUCUGCUGCCCCGAUCCCAUUUCCUCCACCAAUCUAUCUGCUCUAAACAGACAGCAGCCAAAUAUGUCACUUAUUUAAAUUUGAAUUGUGAGGAUCCUGAAAUGUCCCCGAUCAGUUCUUUACUGAUGAGGAAUUCUUGCAAACUAAUUCAUGAAGGAAAUGUUACACUCCCCCAUAAAUUGAAAUGACAUUGUGAAGCUUACAAUGUCAGCCAAUCUGAUAUCAUAAAAAGACAAAAAAUGAUGAGUCCUCACAGUUUUGUUUACUUUGAUAUUUUGUUGCUUGUGGGUGACUUACUGAGGAAUUAUCGUUAAAAAGCACAUGACAAUGUUUAAGGGGGGGAGGGGGGAAUAUAUCCCUCAAGCCUGCAGAUAUUACAAAGUCAGGCUUUUCCUGCACUGAUUAUGUGCAUUUCAAUAUUAGCACUUUCCAGUUGACAUUCGUAUGGCUUCAUUAUUUAACACAUUACAAAUUACUGAUGCAUUGACUUCACGGGGCUUGGACUACAAAUCAGUAAAUUCAUAAUGAGAAUUUAGUCAAUCAAGUUACACACUAUUUUAUUUAAACUACAAAUUUAGUGCAAAAUGUGUAUUACUGCGACGAUUUAGAGUAUUCAAUUCACUUAAAGGGACUAUGUAAUGCUGUGAACAUUGGCACUUAUUCCGUGGUUUUGGAUUUACAAAUAAUAUCUGCAGAAAAAAAAAAUCCCACCAAAAUAGACUCAGUACUAAUUUUAGACUCAUUUUUCUGUUGAAAUAUUUGAUUUUCAGCCAGAUUUUGGACACGUCAACCUGUCACGUAAUAUAAAUUAGUAAAGAGCUGGAGUACCUGAAGAAAACCAACGUAAGUUCUGGUACACACACAAAGACAAUCGGCCUGUUUUUGUGCCAAUUUUGCCCCAUCCCAACCAAGUUUGUCAAAUGCCAGACAAUGUUAUAUCUUAUAAAAUUAUCCACUAAGAUUGUCUUUUGGUCUGAUAUGUUAAGAGUGGCUUUGUCCCGAUUUUAGGUCUGAAACAGUUUGGGGCCGACAAUCUUAAGUAAUGAUAGAAUAGUGUUCAGAAUUUACAACCAAAUCUCUUCAGUUGUGGGCGAAGCUGAUGACUCUCCGACUUAUGAAUUAUGACGUGGAACGGAAUAUAGCCAACCAAGUAGCGUGCUACAAAAACCUCAAAAUGAAACAACAAAAACUGUCGAACAUGUUCUACCUGAUGUUGUAUUUUGUAUAGAGGUGGGUUGCCCCGACGGCAAGAAAUAUUUUCCAAAGAAAGUCUUUGAUGUCAAUUGUCCUGCUUCCGAUCCACUCGGCAAAGAUCGGCAUACAUAACCCGAAGUGUCUGCUCGUCUUUGUUUUUGUGAGAUCUUGUGAUCACGCAAGACUUUGAGCUCAGCGGUGGAACAUAUUCUUUGUGUGCAGUGUCCUGUGUGGAGCGCAUCGGAGCACACCAUACACAAUAUGACCAAAAUUGUUAAAUGCCAGAUUUUUUCAAACUCCACAGGAAGGACUGAGCCCAAAUUCAAAUCCUCAACCUCAAGUCUUUUGAGAACUGAACAGAACCUACCUAACCGUGAUGAAAUUGCCAUAAAGGAGAUUGUCUCAUGGUCGUAAAAACAAAGUGCCACAAUUGCAAAGAUUUACAUUAAAUAAUAAUUAACUAUGCGGUUCUAGCAAAAAGUUUGUGAAUUCACGAGUCUACUUAUUUCUGUUUUCUCAAGCAAACUAAAAGAGGCCCCUCAUCCUUUAGUGAUGCAACCUUUUAAAAACGACUCUCUUCAGGUUUGCACUCCAUGUGAACGCCCUCGAAAAACUUAUUUGUGUUAUUUUUCUUUUAACCCAACUCGUAUUUUGGCAGUGUUUACCAGUGUUCCUAGUAUGCUUAUUUCAUGUAAGGUAAGUGUUUAUUGGUAUCACUCAGCCUAUAAAUUACUCCUCCAUUCACAUUGUGAUUUCCAACGAUAUCUCAAUGAGAAAAGUAAUACUCAGUGCUGCAUCAGUUUCUCUGAGAUAGUGAUGGAACUGUAAAUGUGUUUCUGAUUUUCGGUUGAGUAAAAGACUUGUGUUGGUCUUUGUGGUGAUGUAUUCAUUCAAUUCAUCCUACUGACAGAAGUCACUCCAUGUGUUUGGCACAGCAGUCAAACACCCAGACCACUUAAAACUUUGUCUUAGGUUUUGACCUCAUUUAACAGUUCUGAAUGGAGACUGUUGGAAAAUGACACAAAAUGAAUGGCCAGCUUGUGAAUUGAAAAUAAUUAUGAAAAUGUUAAUGUGUCACCAUGUUUAAUUUAACAGUAGAUUAUAAAACCUAGCCACACACACAAGACAUUUUAUUUAUUCAUCUCUGGUGUGCUCAAAUGUCAUUAUGGGUUAUAUAUAAUUAACCUUCCAGAUGGAUACAAACACUUGAACACGAUGACCGUUUUUUUUCCGAGACUAUCCAGUGACAACAAAGAUGUAAAGAUUAACCACUUAUCCAUUGUGGUUGGAGAAGUGCAGACAAGGUCAGAGGGAGCUGCAUUGUGCCUUUGUAGAUCUAGAGCAGUGGUUCUUGAAUGAGAUAUGUGCUCUUCAUGGUCCAGAUUUCACCAACAAGAAAAUGAAACCGGCAGUAAUUUUCUAAUAAUAUCAAUAAUUUUUUGGAGCAAUUGUUUAACAAAUUGCAUUUGGAAUGCCCCUGAUUGAAGUGGUUGACGUGGAAAUGUGUAAAAAAAAAAUCAUAAAUACCAGGACGAUUGUUCUGAUAUUUUCAGAGGUGUACGAGGACCUAAAUAGUAUGGAAGGCCAUUGUCUUAUUAUUAUUUAUUUUUUUAAGCUGACAUAUGCGGGAAUGAAUCUGAAAAUACAUAGAAGGUCAAUGAGCAAAUGUCCUCGCAUUCUGCCAUCGACGUGACAGGCUGAUGUGUUCAAAUUGUGGGCGGGCCAAAAUCUGUCUGAAAAUCAAAUAUUUCAUCAAAAAGUGAGCCUAAAAUUACUACUGAGUGAAUUUUGGGGGGAAUUAUUUUCUCAAUACUUUUUAAGUCCAGAACUAUGGAUUAAGUGCCAAUGUUCUCACCAUUAACUAGUUUCUUUAACCUUGUUGGAGGUACUACCUGGCAAGUUUUACAGUUUGAAGCCACCCAGUUUUCAAGUGAGCAAAAGGAUUGGAACAUGUGACUGAUGGGUGUUUGCUCAGGUGUUGCCUUUUAGAUUGAUUGCUUAAACAUUAGAAUGUGCUUGUUUUUUUUACUUUGGGUUUCACCUGUGAAAACUGCAUUUGCUGUUAAGCAAACAUGAAGACCAGAGAGCGGUCUAUGGGAGAAAAGCAAAACGUUUCGAAGUUGAGAGAAGAGGGUGCUCUGUCCUGAGUUGUUUAACACAUGUAAAUACCAUGAAAUAAAAGCUGAAAUUGUGCACUUUUGUCUCAUAUUCAUCUUUUGAUCUGAAACCCAAUGUCUUCAGUAUACAACAAAAACAGGAAUUGACCUUGCCGUUCCAAUACCUUUGGGAGGGGACUGUAGGUACGCAUUACAUCACACACACACAAAAUUAACCAUGCAUCAGUUGCAAACAAAGUCACUGUUCAAAGAACAAAACCAACAAAUCAUGAAUUUCACUCAAACGUCCAAAAGCUAACUAUACGGAUAUUAACUUUUGCUGUUGCCUUACAGAGAUAAGUUCAGGAAUGCUGAGGUUCACCUUGGUAAGUAACACUAAUUUUCGCAACAAAGUCUGCUCCUUUUCUUUUUCUGUUUGUCUGCCAUCCUUGAAAUUAAGUGUUCUUAAAGUUACGUUGUUACAAACAGUAUGAGUAUCUCAACGGCUUUCUCUGAACUGUUGUCAUGAAUCAUACAAGUGGGGUGAACGGAAUGGACACACACACACAGAAUAUUUUGCGAUCGAAAAACAUUAGUCAAGGAGAGGGGGGCGAUGAUUCAGUGGAAUAAUUGAUAGGUUAACUGAUUCUACAAGAUUGAAUAGUAAUAGACUUAGGGUCAAUCAAGACUUUUUUUAUAUAAUUAAAUAUAACCUAUAAAUCUGUUCAUUCCAUAUUGUACCAUACGUGAAUAUUAGGUAUUGACUUCAAUAAUUCCAGCCGACUGUGCAGACAUUGAUUAAGGGAUGUGUUAAGCCAACAUUUGUUUACUAACCAAACCAAAAUGACCUGAGCCAAAGGCUGCAAGCACACGACGGCACUAGCCUACUUGUGUCAGGUUGACUUUACUGGGGGACUCUACAGUGAACACUGCUAAAGGUUUAACUUACACAUUCUUGAUGUAUUAUUUGCUUGCAUUUGUUGAUGUCCUCUGCAAGCAGGAAUGGUUUGAUCUCUGCCAACUUCCAAUAUGAAUCAGCCUCGUCUGCAUGCUUAUCAGACUAGCUGCAGCACUUAGCUCUAGGCCUUCUUCUUUCUUUAAUCCUUUCAC